AUGGAUAUGUUCAAAAAACAUCAACGGUCCAAAGCUCAUCUUAACAGCUCUAUAUCGUUAGUUACCUUUUUAAAUUCAAAAUCAAUUGAUGAAGUAAUUGACUCUAAUAAAACAUUAAUUGUUCAAAAACGUGAAGUAGAACGUUCUGAAAACCGUAAAAUUAUGGAACGUCUUAUAAAUAUAGCUAUUUGUUUAUCAAAAGAAGGUCGACCAUUUCGUGGUCAUAAUGAAAAAAAUGAUAGUGUCCAACAAGGUCUUUUUAAAGAAAUGGUCAAUAUAUUAGCUAAAUAUGAUGAUGUUUUAAGAAACCAUAUGAAUAUUGGCCCUAAAAAUGCCCAAUAUACCAGUAACCGCAUUCAAAAUGACAUUAUCUACUCAAUUCGUAAUGUUAUAAUGAAAAAAAUUAACUGUAAUUUGCAAAGUUCAUAUAUUUCUAUUAUUUCUGACAAAACUACCGAUGUCGGACAUAAUGAACAAUUAUCAAUAGUAGUUCGUUACUUUAAUUCUGAUACUAAUCGGCCUGUUGAAUCUUUUAUAAUAUUAAAACGAAUGACGUCGGAUACUCCUUCAGUUGUACAAAAAUCUCAAGAUGAUGGUCUUAAAUUAUACAUGAAAAUUCGAAAAUCAGAAUUUGAAUAA